AGAGGAAAAUAUUUCUGCAAAGAUGAACCCAGAAUCUCUGGACUCGUCCAUCCAGAGUGCCCUCUCGGCCCUCUUCCCGCCUUUCGAGGCCACAGCGCCUGUCGUCCUCAGCCAGCUGUUUCGCACCAUUGAGGAACGUUAUCACGGUGAUGCAUUGCAGUGCAUGCUGGACUUCCUCAUCCCAUCCAAACACCUGCUGGAGAGUGUCCAACAGGCUGCUUGUGCUGGAUACUCUGAUGUGGUUUUCCGCUGUGAGGGCUGGCCUUUAUGUCUCCAUGACAAAACUGUCAUCCAGUUAGCACCAGUGAACCCUUUGUUGCUACGUCCUGGAGACUUCUAUCUACAGGUGGAACCUUUUGGUGACCAAGCAGCUCGGAUCGUCCUCAAAAGCCUUCUGGAAGAGGGAUGUCGAGAAAUGGAGGAGACCCCUGUCCCUGAGACUUCCUACCCCUGCAUCUUCACUGAGGACUGGCUGCGGGACAUCAAUGAAGGACGCCAUGGAACUCCUCUUUCACAAUGCUUACUUUGCACUGACCAAGGAGUAAUCAAGUUGCCCUGGGCCAAAAUAGCCAUCCCAGAGUUUUUGGACAAGCCUAAGAUCAUGCCCACUUAUCAGGAAGCUCCUCCUGAGCCAAAGCAGAGCUCAUCACCCUCCCAUUAUAACUCCUGCACCCUCCCGUUGGAGACAAUGAUUCUUCCUUCAAAAGACAGGAUGUCAGCAUCUUUGAGACCUGUGGACUGUUCAUCCAAAUUUGUCAGAGUGGAGAGUGAAAAACGAAUCCCCAGACCAUGCCCCAAACCAUGCCCCAAACCUUUAAUCAAACCUGUGGGUUGGGUUUCACCUAAUACCUGGGACAGUCGUAACUAUCCAGAGAUCGAGGGUGAUUAUGUUGACCUGGUGGAUAUCGCUAAAAGGAAGGAGUUUGUGAGUAAAUGUGAUGGUAUUCCAAACCCAGCCAAAUCAGUUUUGUUCAAACCUGUCAGACCACCUCCACCUGUACCACUUGGGAAUAGUGUUUUCUGUGGCCACACCCUCCAGUAUGCAGAGGAGCCUUGUACACCAUGCAGCCAGAGAAAGCUGGGGCUUGAGCCCACUGAUCAAGACUUGAAGUGCAGGUACAGAGACUCUUACGUGGCAGCACUGAGAAACCCAGUCCCCUUUGAGGGGGCGAGUGUGGACCUCCUGGCUGCCUUAGAAGAGGCGGAGGGGGAGUUAAGAACCAAGGGUACAUUUGAAGCUCAAAGAGACAAACUUGGAAAAUGUUGUAACCACUGUAAAGAACCCAUGACAAGUCAUGAGCUCUGUCAAUUCAGAAACUGCUGUGAACCAACACCAGGAACCUUUGCAUCUCACUUCAAAGGCCUUCCUACAAGUUCUGGAUCGGAGGACAUUAUGAGGGAAUCACCCAUGGUUUUCAAAUCAACCCCUGGCUUGAGCUAUGGUACUAAAGUUCAGACAAAACUCGUUUCACACCAAUUAGGGCAUGAUGCUAGUGUGCAUCCAGUAUCUGAUGUAUUUCUGGAGACCUGUGACAGUGACAUGAGAGCACAUCAGAAGGUGGAUGUGAUGAAACCAUCAGGGAAGCACAAAGUUAAGCUCAGGUCUCUGUCCACUGUGUCAGAGACUCCUAAAGGGAGUCCACUUCUCUAUAAACUCAGUAACAGGAGCCACAGUGAUAUUUGCCCUGAAACAAUUAGCAGCAUAAUGCAGUGUAAGAAAGCUGAACUGUUGGAUCAGGUGACUCCAAAGAUGGAAAGAAGGAAGUCCCCUAAAAAAGGCAGCAGGGACAGGACAGGUAGGGCUGUGGUGGAAGUCCAUGGUGACAGGAAGGAGUGGACGGCCCCUCUUGUAUCAGCCCAGAAUCUCUGCGAGUUACUGCUCUACCUACACUCCAUACCCAGGAAAGAUGUUCGAGAGCUGGGUAUGACUUUGGUCAUCAAUGCCAGGAAGAAGACUCCUUCGCCUCACCUCUACAAAGCUCUGCUCAUGGCUCAGGAGCAAGCUCUCCAUGCUGUCCACAGUGUUCUGAUACUGGUGGAUAAAGAAACGUGUCCACGCCCUGAGAAACAGCCUGGGCUGCAGAUGGACAUGUUGACUUCUAUGAAAGCCCUCAACAAGACAGUGGAAGCUUCCCAGCUGACCUCUGACCUGGGUGGGACCUUCUCUUACAGCCAUACAGACUGGCUGCAGUUCCAUCAGAGACGGGUUUCUUUCAUGACUGAGCUGCAAGGGGCAGACAGUUUGUUGCAGAAAGCCAUCAAAAAAGUGGAUGACAUUAAAAGUCUAGACACUGCCCAGGAAGUGCAGCUAUGCAUUCAGGACCAGAGAGCUUCAAUGAAAGAGGUGCUGGAGGACGCUCGACUGGUCACUCUGCAGAGAGAAGGAGGGUCUGUACUGGCCAGGAUGAAGAGAGAGGAGUUUAGAUUUUCACAGUCUGAGGACUACAGAGAUGCUCUGGAGUCAGUUACAAGUCUGUAUAAUCAAGUCGAGGAGAAUCUGCACAUGCUGGUGAUGAGAUCAAACGAGUCACUGCAGCACCUGGAGUUUGUCUUCAGGCUCAGAGAGAUGGAGGCCAAAAUCAGCACGGCUGGGACAUGGUUUAAUACAGAAGGCGAACAGAGGCUGAAGGACUCUUACACAACAGAUUAUACCCUGGGGUGCACUGAAAAGACUUUGCAGCAGUUUGAUCUGUUUCUUACUCAGUCUAAGGAGAAACAUCAGUGCGCCCUGACCCUACUGACAGAAGCAGAGAGGAUUCUGGGCACCAGUGACUCUAGUCCUGCAACAGAUAUUUUUCGGACUCUUGUCAGCACUUUCAAGUCCAACAUGGAUGAGUUUAUGUUGCGGUCAGAACAGAGGUACAAAGAACUGGACGUACUGGUGCAUGUGUACCGCUUCUGUAAUCAGGUCGAGCUUGGUUGUUACUCAGCUCAGGCCUGUCUAAGCACACUCCAGAUGUAUGAGGAAAGAUUAGGUGGCGAAUUCUCCACCACACACUUCCAGACUCUGAAAGCUAAAGCCUGUACCGUCAGAUCAGGGGCCUCAGGGGUGAUGGGUGUAUGGAAUGCAGCCUGGGUCCAGUGCCAAGAGGUCAGGCAGCGUGUUGAGGAGAUGCAGAAGAAGAAUACAUGUAAGGAUAAGACCCCGAACCAGCAGGCCACAGCUGUAAACACUCAAGGGGAGGCUGGAGGAAUGAAGAAUAAUGAGGAAAGAAAAACAAAAUGGAGGCCAAGGGAGCACCACAGUGAGGCAGAUCUGAGGAGCACAGACUCAGUGGAAGGGGCCGAUGAUUUUCUAUCACACAAACCCUUAGGUCGGUCCCUAAGUGAGGGAUCACAUGCAAGCUCUCAUUUGACAUUUGCCUCCAACUUUUCACCUUUGAAUGAAAGACACAGACACUGUCAGAGCAAGACACAGCCACUUAUACAAAAUCAGCAGACCAUCCAAAAUCCUCCCACUUCCCAUGACCAGAGUUUACUCUUGACAUGCAAGUCAAAAAGAGACAGUAAUAAAGAGGAAGGUGGUUCCACUAAAGGAUGCACUGUCUCCACCCAGAGCUCUAAAGAUUUAAGGACCCCAGAGAUAUUACUCAGUCCAACAGAAAACAAUGACACCAAUGUUUUGAAACUGCGGAGGAUCAUGGAGGAACUGCUGUCCACAGAAAGGGAAUACGUGAAAGCUCUGGGUUAUGUUCGGGAGCACUACUUCCCCGAGCUGGAGAGGGGCGAUGUUCCUCAGGACCUGAGAGGCCAGAGGGGGAUCAUCUUCGGUAACUUAGAGAAACUCCACGACUUCCACCGCCAUCAUUUCUUGAAUGAGUUGGAGAGCUGCGUAAAUGAACCCUUUAGAGUGGGACGCUGCUUCUUACGACAUAGAGAGAGCUUAGCUCUGUACGCCCUUUACAGCAAGAACAAACCACAGUCUGACAGUCUUCUCAUUAAUCAUGGACAGGCUUUCUUCAAGCAACGGCAGUUGAAGCUAGGGGAUAAAAUGGACCUGUGGUCAUACCUGCUGAAGCCCAUACAGCGGAUCAGCAAGUACAGCCUGCUGCUGCAGGACAUGAUGAGGGAGUGUGGUCCAGGACAAACCAGAGAGCUGGCAGAGAUCAAGGCCGCCCUAGAGGUCAUCCACUUCCAGCUCCGACAUGGCAACAACCUGCUGGCCAUGGACGCCAUCCACCACUGUGAUGUUAAUAUGAAAGAGCAGGGGCAGCUCAUACGCCAGGACGAAUUCUUGGUUACAUUCAGGAAGAAAAAAUGUUUCCGACACAUCUUCCUCUUCCAAGAACUCAUCCUCUUUAGCAAGACGAGGAAGACGAAUGUAGGAAAUGACACGUAUAUCUACAAACAGUCAUUCAAGACAUCAGACAUAGGCAUGACCCAAAACAGUGGUGACAGUGGCCUGUGCUUUGAGAUCUGGUUCAGAAAGAGGAAAACUCAAGACACAUACACGAUACAAGCAGUAAGUCGAGAGGUGAAGGAGGUCUGGACCAAGGACCUAGAGCGGAUCCUCUGGGAGCAGGCAGUACACAACAGAGAGGUCCGCAUGCAGGAGAGAGUGUUCAUGGGUAUUGGAAACAAGCCUUUCAUGGACAUCCAGCCCAGUGAUGCAGCUAUAAACGACAGAGCAGUCAAUUAUGUACUGAUGGGAAGAGAAAACAAGGUCAUGUCCUCUGUGGGAUCAUGUGGGUCGCAGGACAGGCUUCCCGGGGCGCGACCAAAAUCUGUUGGCUCUGGGAGCACUUCUUCUUCCUCCUCAUCCUCUGGAAGGGGUUCCCUGUCCCAUGUGGGAUACCUGUGUGGGCCGAAGCGAAAAGUGGUUGCAGGUGGUCUUGAGGGAUAUGUAUCACCCCCUGGUGUUCUGGAAGAGGAUGAUCUGGACCAUGAGAGCGGGAGUCAGAACUUGCUUUUGGACAGCUCUGAGUCAUCAGGAGAGAGUGUCAGCGGCUUCAGCAGUUCCAGUCACAGCUACCACUCUGCUCUUGGAGGAGAAGGGGAGGACACCUCCUCGGUCUGUGCCUCCAUAAUUACUGUAAGGGAGGCUCAUCGAACUAAUGUUUCUGCAGCUUUCCACAAACUAAAUGCUCUGGCAGGAUCCUCUGAGAAAAUCCGACCACCGGGCACCCAAGCCCAAAUUGCAAAACCAGACCAAGGAUCUGCCCUCUGGCAAGGUGCAGCACAAAGCUUUUACCAAUUUCAGCACAGUAAUGUUGGAAAAUCCACUGAGGUUUGAACUGUGAGAUAUAGCACAUGGUAAGUACAGUGCAAUUAUACUAUAAACUGACC